AUGAAGAGGGGUUUUAAACUUUCGAAAGAAGACCUUCAACUCUACACCAGCAAUCACCACUCCAUCGAAGAUUAUGAUUUCACAGCACCGGUAUAUGUCGACCCAAAACCAAUCGUCAACAAACGAAGCGUAGACUCAGAACUAGUCACACCACGAGAGCGUGAGGUGAAAUUCAACGCGUUUGGUCAACAAUACCACGCCCGUCUCCAACCAAACCCCUGGUUACUAAGGCAAGGAUUGAUUGUGGAACGCGUUGGUUCAGACGGUACGAUAACAGAAGAGGAGAUUUCUGAUCGGGACUGCUAUUACUUUGCCCAUCUUAUAUCUCAUAUGGGUGAAUCUGCUGGAGCUCUGAGUACAUGUAACGGACUGCGUGGUCUAAUAAGCCAUGAUGAUACAGAUGUGUACAUUACUCCAUUAAAAGACCAUCAUGACUCUCGAUACCGUCGCGAGACUCAAGACGAGUUUAAUGGCGAGAAGGCUCAUAUUGUUUACAAACGAACAUCGCCACCAAAAUACAACGAAGAACCAGAUCUACGGGACCAAGGUUCCUGGGAAGGGGGUAAUGUGUCGCGGGACCAAGGUUCCUGGGAAGGGGGUAAUGUGUCGCACCCCGGGCCAAUCUUUGCUGAUAAGAUGGCCGCUGGUCAGGAAGAAGGGGAACAUUUACAAGAAGGGGGUCAGAGAUACCUCGAGGUGUUCGUCGUUAUUGAUGAUGAGAUGGUGAGAGUACAUCAAGAAGAUGUCAUGAACUACGCACUCGCUAUAAUGAAUAUGGAGAGAUUUGUACUUAGGGUCGGGGCCAAUAAGAUGAUGGGACUCUUAGGAAGGGCAGCGAUGGGGACAGUUUGUAGCAGCACAAUGUCUUGUGGUAUCAAUGAAGAAGAUGGUUUGGAAGCAGCACUAACCAUCGCUCAUGAACUUGGUCAUAAUUUGAAUCUGAACCACGAUCCAGCCUAUGGUUGUGAAAAUGGUAGAAACAUCAUGUCAUCCACUAAGUCAAUAGGAGCUAACAACUUCAAAUGGUCCAGUUGCAGUUCAAAACACUUAGCAGAAUUCCUCAAGUCACCUGACACAGACUGUCUUCUUGAUAGGCCAUCACUGGAUCACCCGGAUGUUGAUUUGAUACCGAUAGACCAGUUAGCCGGUGCGCAGUAUGGUCGCGUGGAGCAAUGUAAGAAGGUGUUUGGGGCUGAUCUUGUCAUUGGAAUAUGCCCAUUUGAACGAGCACAUGUUACUUGUGGACAGGUCCCGUGUCGAAUAGGUAGUUAUUGUCAUUACACGCCUGUCGUAGAGGGCACACCCUGCGGAACGAACAUGUGGUGUUAUGACGGAUUUUGUCGUUCAUCUAUCGGAGGAGUCCCCAAGCCUGUAGACGGUAAUUGGGGUGAAUGGCCGGUAAACUACACGCAGUGUUCUCGUACGUGUGGUUCGGGGGUGAUGUCCAGACGACGAAGGUGUAAUAGACCUGGACCACGUUUUGGCGGGAAAGCUUGUGAAGGAACUAUGUACAGCAUGAAGACGUGUAACACGGAACCCUGCCCAGGCAUCAACUCUCCAGAUGAUUUCCGACAUCGCGAGUGCGCCCUCACCAACACCAUCAUUCUUAAAACUAGAUAUCAUGAAUGGUCAGCUUACCUUGACGGCACUCUAUACGGUUAA